UCCUACUAAUUUGUCUGAUAUUUCCUUCAGUCACAGAACGCUUUCCAAUCAUCACAAGAGUCCUCCACCAGCGACACACUCUUGGAAGUAACACAACUAUCCAGAUCCACUGUGCAAAUUGUGUGCAUUUCUCGUGGUGAUUACAUCAGUUGGUUGCCACGGAAACCUGUCACCAAGUGCGAGCGCGGUGACAGGUUUCCUUAGGGUUGCUAUAGGGACCAUGUAUCACACAUCAUGUGACCCAUAUGUAUCUUGGUUCCUUGUCAUUAACAUAAUCAUCUUGGCAGUACAAGCCAGCCCUGGUGACGUGUGUUGCUCUCUGGAGGGUCAUGUUAUAUUCUUUGAGCGCACAAUGUCAAGGAGAGCGCAAACGCGAGCGCAUGGGAGACGUUAAGACUGAAUACUUUACGUUUUAAGAGCAUGCUUUGACAUAGCAUAUUGGCCUAUCUUAUAUUCAAUCUUCUAUCUUGAGUCUGUGUUUGUGUGUGUGUUUGUGUGUGUGUGAAGUAUGUGUGUGCAUGCGAGCAUGCGUGUGUGCAUAUUUGUGUGCAUGAAUUUGUGUUUAUUGUUUGUGUUUGUGUGUGCAUGCUAUGUGUUUUACUGUGUGCGACUGGGUUGGUGCUGUAUGAUUUUGAUAGAUUUCCUGGUGAACUCGCAUGCUGACAAUGAGUAAGAGUAGAGGAGCAGCCAGUGCUUCUUCAGGAGGACCCAACCACAGAGCAACACACCUUGGGCUGGCCGCCGCCUAAUGAAGGGACACAUGUUGGUUGGGAUUCACCUCUCUCUCUCUCUCUCUCUCUCUCUCUCUCUCUCUCUCUCUCUCUCUCUCUCUCUCUCUCUCUCUCUCUCUCUCUCUCUCUCUCUCUCUCUCUCUCUCUCGCUCUCUCUCUCUCUCUCUCUCUCUCUCUCUCUCUCUCUCUCUCUCUCUCUCUCUCUCUCUCUCUCUCUCUCUCUCUCUCUACUACAAAUUGCUACUCAUAUGCAUCAAUCAUCAAUCAAUUAAUAGUGUUGAAAAUUGUAUUUCAGUGAACCUGCGAAGAAGCCCAUUGACCUCUAGUCGACCUGUUAUGAGUAAAUAAAUAUUUUAUGUAAUAUUAAAACAGGAGCAAUGUUGCCUUUGAUUAAAGGCAACCAAAUGAGGAGAGGGUUUGUUUAGGGAAGGUUUUUACACACAGCGGCAAAGUGGUGCUUCAACACAGCUUUAACAAUUCAACCAAACAGAGUACACAAAGGGGAUCGAGAGAGAAAGAGAGAGAGAGAGAGAGAGAGAGAGAGAGAGAGAGAGAGAGAACACAAACCAUACCUUCUUUGCAUCCAACACAGAAACGCACACAUAAACGGAUUAAUGCUUGCAAUAAAAUGCAUGGAUCAACACUAGCAUUAACACACACACACACGCACACACACCUCACAUCACACAUUAAAAUCCAGGAAAAAAACGUAACAACAAACAAUACCUCCAUUAUGCCAUUUUAAUUCAGAACAGACGCUCGCAUAACGGAUUUGGGAUCUAACAGUAAGUCAUGUCAAGUUAUUUUUAUUUUUAUCUUUCAAUCACAGUUAGAGUCUCACAGAGCUUUACAGGUCAUAUAAUUAUGUUAUAACUCUCUAACGUCAGCCCACAAAAAUAGAAAGAAAAAGCCUUGAUUAUCGAGGAAGAAACCUUGAGAAAUUCUUGGAGCCAAAUGAGAGUGUAUAGAGAUGAGGUUUAUAUUGUAUCGUAGAUCGUUAUAUCGUUUCCAUGACUUCAUAAAAAGUACCUCCGUCAACAACAACACUUUGAAAGGAAACAAAACCCCACUACCCCACAUCGACUCAAUAAACAUGACGAAACAAUUUAGUUCUGAGAAAGAAAAUAUAUUUCCUGCAUUUCUAGAAGGAAACACUGCAGUAACAAUACAACUGAAAACUAAAUCCCCACACAAUCACAGUGUCAGGAAAUGUUACCGCACAAUAGCAUUCUUACAGAAGACAGCUGGUAAUAAUAUAAACUCUGUGUGUGAGUGUGUGUGUGUGUGUGUGUGUGUGUGUGUGUGUGUGUGUGUGUGUGUGUGUGUGUGUGUGAGUGUGUCAGCACACACAUUAUAAUUAUUUGGUUGAAACUCAUCUACUUUUGUAACAAGUAUAAAAACACCUACACAAACAACAAUUACAAACUACAAUUAGUGCUAAUAUCUAUUGAAAUGUUAACGAUUGUAAUCCCUCUCUCAUAAAUCCAGCCCAUAAUAGGCACGGCUCCAACCACCACUUAUCCUUUGAUCGGGCCAAAAAACAUAAACAAUUUCACCAUGGCCGAUAAUGAUAAUAGCCCCCAUUUCCCUCGCCAAGCCCUGGUAAUCCCGCAGCAGUUAACUUCUGAAAUGCCAGAAUCUCAGCACAUUCAUUUUCUAGGUUGCAUUGCUCCAUACUUACUGCCGCUGCAGAGCCCAGCCAGCUCGAUAAUUCCAGAGCUGGAUACAUUGGCAAAGAUCCACCUGCAACGUGACAGUCCAAAUCCUCCAUCAGAUUUUUCCAUUAUUCAAGACAUCUGUCCCCCCUUAACAAACGCUGAGGCUAAAUUAGCAAAUAUUGAAGAGAUCCCUGCUAAAUCCCCUAACACUAAUGUCAUCCAAACCCCAGAUUAUCGCCCAUAUAAACCAAAAGAAGGUUUUGAGGAACAGGAGUGUGUUCUCAUUAGUGAAAUAACAUCUCUAUUAAUAGGUAGCAGAACAGUUGGCAAGACGGAAGACACAAUCAUCUGUGUACAACUCUGCUCAACGUUCUCAAUAAUAGCCGGAAGGGAAAGAUUAAUCAUAAACACAAUUCUGAUCUCGCUGUGGACUACGGACAACAACUAAAAUAAGUGCAUUUGCAGAUACAUCUAACUGCAUUCUGUGUGACACGAAUCAGACCUUUUUGUCCUGUCAUUUUCUUUUUUGCCGAGUCACCUUUUAUGUCACACACUCACAGAUGCAAACACACUGACACACACACACACACACACACACACACACGCACACACACACACACACGCAAACACACACGCAUACACACAGGCACAUACACCGAAUACUGAGAGUUACUUUGGUGGAAGAUGCUGGGACAUGAUGCCUGUGGGUCUUCAGGAGUCACGGCUGUCUGCGACAUGUCACUCCUUUUAAAUGAAACAUUCGGAGGAGUGAAUCCCUGGAGGGAUUGGCCAGGGGUUUCAAUAUCCCCCAUGGAGGUUCAGCCAAUCACAGAGGCUAGGUAUCACUGCGCCAGGCGAGCUGGUGUUCAAACUCACAGUGUGUGCACAGUGUGUGGGUGCGUGUGUGUGGGCGAGUGGGUGGGUUAAUGCGAGACAUUCGCUGAAAGCUCUUUGACUGCCGACCGUGCCCAGACAAGCACUAUAGAUACGCAGUCUGUUCACCAUUUGUAUGGGGAUGGUUGCCAAUUAUGUAUUUCAGUCCAUGUGUGUGCGUGUUGUUUGUGUGUGUGUGUGUGUGUCGACAUGGGUUGUGCAUGUGUGUGUGUGUAUGUGUGUGUGUGUGUGUGUGUGUGUGUGUGUGUGUGUGUGUGUGUGUGUGUGUGUGUGUGUGUGUGUGUGUGUGUGUGUGUGUGUGUGUGUGUUAGCAACCAUGGCCAUUUGUUUGUGAGUCUCCCGUAGAAAAUAUAGGGCAGGUGAUUUGAGAUUGGUGGAGGCAGAAUGACCUGUUCUAGAUUAACAGGGAGACAUUUCAUUGUCGUAUUACAAAGCCACUAUCAGACUUCGCAUAGCAGCCGUGGAAUGUUAUUUAUUGUGUUGGUUGUAAGGUAUUUGUUAUAAAGCGGAGGCAGAACUGCCACAGCGUUCCUCAUGAUAGACGUGGCGACAAAACCUUUACCUUAGCCUUGGUUUUGAUUGAGGUUUUGACCCCUCUCAAAAUGGCAGGGUAUCGCCAACAAAGAAUCUCAUGAUGCAUUGGGAUGUACGAGCCUUAUGCAUUCUUCGGCUUUGGGUACGAUCUCAGUGGUUAGGUCAUCUUCAUAUUAUGUAUUUUGUGCGGAUCCUGGUUGACAAUUAUAUUUCCUCCAACUGUUAUUAAGGAGUGCAUGUUCAUGAUGUCUGGCCAUAAUCCAGUGUAAAGCGGCUGUCAAAUUCCUGCCCUCAAUAUGCCACAUAUGGAUUGUUUUUGCUGUUUCCAAAAAUGGUGACACUUCCGUAUGCGCAAGAAUUACACCCUCAUAACAGCCUUGCAUCAACCAAUGACACUAUGCUACAGACACAUUUGAUACAGUCCAGGAUGUGUGUGUGUGUGUGUGUGUGUGUGUGUGUGUGUGUGUGUGUGUGUGUGUGUGUGUGUGUGUGUGUGUGUGUGUGUGUGUGUGUAUGUGACUGUGUGGGCAAAUAAGUACACGUGGGCGCAUACCUUAUGCAAAUCUCAUGCAGUGACCCGCAUGCAUUGUUCAUCAGCGACAUGCCGUCGCACAAUGUGCGCACAAUGUGUCUGCAGAAUGAGUGACAUGCAGAGAGCCUGGUAAUCCUGGUGCUCAGCUGUCUCUGAGCACCAGGGACAGCUGAGCACCAGGGACAGCUGAGUGGCAGAGCGGCUCCGUGCCGUCCCUGUAGCCUGCCUGGGCACCAUUCAUCGUCAUGACGGCGGAGCCAAAACAAAUUGUGCUUCAGUUAUGUUGACUCAAGUGGGCUCACGCUUUCCAGGUUCACGGGUGGUAAACAGCGGUUAACAGCUACAGUCGCUAAGGGUUUGUGUGCGUGUGUGUGUGUGUGUGUGUGUGUGUGUGUGUGUGUGUGUGUGUGUGUGUGUGUGUGUGUGUGUGUGUGUGUGUGUGUGUGUGUGUGUGUGUGUGUGUGUGUGUGUCUGUGUGUGUGUGUGUGUGUGUGUCUGUGUGUGUGUGUGUGUGUGUGUGUGUGUGUGUGUGUGUGUGUGUGUGUGUGUGUGUGUGUGUGUGUGCGCGUGUGUGUGUGUGUGUGUGACUCCAGCAGGUCCAGUAUGACUGCAGCAGCAGGAGUGCUAACAGGCUUGGCUAAGCUAAAGCGCCAAGACUCCAGCCGAUCUCAGCACCGCUCCCUACAGGCCCUGAACUCUUGCCCAGGAAACCCCACGCCAGAACCGGCCCCCAGGAAGAGGAAGCGGCGGUCGGACAUUGUGGUCGUGCGUGGGAGGCUCCGCCUUUACUCCGCCUCUGGCUUCUUUCUGCUACUGGGAUUGGAUCUGGCCAUGGGCAUCGGCAUGGCGACGCUGGGCUACUGGCCGGCACGGCGCUAACACGCAGGUGUUCAGAGCAAGCCAGCCGAGGUCGGGGCGGGACUAGCAAGUCGUCGCCUGGAGACCAACAACAAAGAGAGGCAGGAGACAGGGGGGCUCCUGACGCGCUUCCUGGACCAGCACCGCCACUCGGAGAGGAUGAAGAUGUUCGGGCCCUUCACCAUGGUCGGCAUCUUCAUCUUCAUCUGCGCCAACGCCAUCCUGCACGAGAACCGGGACCGGGAGACCAAAGUGAUCCACAUGAGGGACAUGUACUCCACCGUCAUCGACAUCCACCGGCUCCGGCAGCGCGAGAUCAAGCACCAGCGCCACAACGGCUCCUUCUCCGCGGAGCACGGGGGCCCCGAGCCCCGCGGACAGGGGCCCGACGCCUCGGGGGCCGCCCGCCUGGCCAGCCAUGCCCUGCUGGCCUUCUCCUCCCGCGGCGGCAUGGGCUCCCUGGGAGGGGUGGGGGGAGGAGGAGGAGGAGCGGGCUCCGCGGAGGAAGAGGAGGUGCUGCUGGGCGGAGGGGAGGAGCACGCCAGGGUGGACUUUGGGCUCGGCGGGCUCCUGGCGCCGUUCUACAAGGACCGGCCCCCGGGCCGCGCCGACCCGUCCCGCCGGCAGCGGUCGGUGGACCGGGAGGCGGCGGAGGGCGGGGGGGGGCACCGCGCGCGCUCCAUCGUCUCCUCCUCGCUCUCCGCCUUCACGCUGCCCGUCAUCAAGCUCAACAACUGCGUCAUCGACCAGCCGGACAUGGAGGCCAUCACGGAGGAGGAGCGAGGCGCGGGGGGGAGCGGGGGGAGAGAAGCAGAGCGAGUGCCUGCGCCCCUGGCCUCCAUGGAGUCCCUGGUGGUCCCCGAGGCGACGCUGGCCAAGGCCUCCAAGCCGCCGGGGCUCCACCGUAGCAACUCGGCGUCCAUGACCUCCCAGUGCUCCUUCUCCUCGUCCUCCUCGCUCUCCCCGGCGCCCUCGUCGACCUCGGGCUGCUGGCUCUCCCCCGGCGCGGCCCGGAGUGACUUCGGCUCCAACAACUCUCUGCACAUGCUCAGUAGCCACUCCAAGUCCCUGGACCUGGAGCGUGGGCAGAGCAUGCUCAGCGUGCGUCCCGAGCAGCGGAAGCACCCCAGCUGGCCCCGUCUGGACCGUAGCAACAGCGGCCGCGGCGCCGGCGCUAGCGUUAGCCGCAGCGGCAGCACCAAGGGCUACGCGCGGCUGGAGGACCGCGAGGAGCCGACCGGUUCGGACCGGCUGCUGGACGCCGACGGCCAUGCCGCCGCCGCCGCCGCCAGGCGGGACUACAGCAAGCGCGAGAAGCUGCUCAUGAUUUCCCGAUCGCACAACAAUCUGAGCUUCGAGCGCGACGACGCUAACAGCAGCGCGCUGAAGCGUGGGAGCUCGGAGACCCGCUUCUGAGAGACCAAACGAAUACGGAUCUUAGUUUUUGUUGGUCUGCGCCUCAUGGCCGUGGGUAUGUUAACGGUAUCGAUAGGCUAAGCUGAGAGAAGAAUGAGCAGCGUUAUAGUUUGUUAGGGCGAAGCGCUCUGAGGACAUGUUGUUCAGUUGGAGGCAACAGGCAGCAAGUGGAGAGAGUUCGCUGUUUAGGGACAUUGGCAUCAAUUCCUCCUGCUUUUACUAUACAUGUCCAUUGGAAGGACGUUGACUCUGUGCAUGCACAGGAUGCUACAAGGCCAGGCUACAUCCUAGUAGCAAAGCGAGCAAGCAAUGCAAUGCAGGUAUCAGUCAGUGUUAAGCUUUUCCUGAAUGUACCACUCUUGUAGGAAGAAGGUACCAAUGAUAGAAUACGAUGGGGUUAUUUUGUUACUACAGAUAGAUGUUCUCAAUAAGGUAUUUUGAAGUUGAUCUUCGCAAAUAAUUACAACAAGAAUCCUAGCUGCUGUUUCGCCUCUCAACAUCCAAGACAUUGGACGUAAUGCUGUUUGUGGCUCAAUGCUGAAGAGAGCAUGGUCUCUCAACAGACUGACUAUGAUGCCAUGGUGUUGAAGAUUUGUGUUUUCAUGUUUUAUAUUUUAACUUGAAAUAGAUAGCUGAAAGAGUGAGUGAGAGCUUUGAUGUACGAUGGCAUUUUGUAGUUUCACUAAAUAAGGACCCACAUUUAUUUCCCCUCUUGGAGUGUGAACUCCAUUGCCAGAUUUUACAGUCAAAAAUUGAUGGUUAAUUCCCAGUGACAGACGAUCUGCCCUGUACAGGCGAUGAACGAAAAAUACCCUAUAUAUAAUCGGUCGGUAAGCAUUUUAAACUGGUAGACUUUAUGAAUAAGACAAAUUGUUAUUGGUUAGCCGUAUAGCCCAUGUGAAAAUAAAUGGGAGCCAACAGAAAAUGUGUAAGUUAUGGUCUGUGUUAUGAAAGAAAUGUUGCAAUCCCUCAAAAAUACAUAUUGUCGGUUUGGCAACAUUAACUGACAACUCAACUAAUUAGAAGUUUUUAUAUCUACAUCAAAUUAAGUGUGUAAUUUAGAUUACCUUUAUUCGAAGCCAUCAAAUGGUUUAUUAGUAGGCCUACCAGCAGGUAGACUAACACUAUUGUUACCGGGGACCUCUGUUGAAAACACAUCUGUACAACUAAAUCUUUAAACGAUUUCUCGAGAGAUAUGUUAUGUCGAGAGCAGCACUUACUUUGUUUUAAAAAGUAGCACAAUCUGUAUUAUGUUCAAAAUGAUGCUUCAGAGGCGUUCAAUCUGACAUUUUGACGUGAUGUUCUGUAGAGCUUCAUUCUUUGUUUCAUAAAGAGAUGAGCUAUUUAUAUGUCUGAGUCAACAAAUGUCAACAUCUCCUCCUCCCUUAGAAUAAAUGGAAUAAUUUUCACACAAAA